AUGCUAACCUGGCGUAUAAAAGGUUUUUCGGAAUAUGCUGAUGAUAGGACUUUAACUUUACAUGGUCAAAUAAUCAAUCUACAUAAACAUCACAUUUCAAUUGAACCUGGAAGUCAUCUAAUUAUUGAGUUACAUGAUAUAUCAGUGACUGAUCAACUUUCAACGAAAAUUGUGCAACAAACAAUUAAUGCCUACGUAUUUCCAAUUACUUUUAGUGUUAAUUAUGAACCAAAUGAGGUUGUACAUAAUCAUCUAUAUGUACUUUAUGCAAGCAUUGUGAACAAUCGUAAUGAAGUAACAUUUAGUAGUGAAAGGCGUAAUGAAGUAAAAUUAUUAGGCCCUGGUCGGACAACAUUUGUUGAUGUACCUGUAAUAGGUGUUGCUACUUCAGACAAAGAUGUGACAACAUAUGUCAAACUGCAAGAAUGGCCAGAAUUACUUGGUCGACGAGGUGAAGAAGCUGUUCGUAUUAUCAAAAGACAAACAGGUUUGGAAGAAGUUUUCGUCGUUACAAAAGACACUCACGUUUCUAAAGAUCUACGAUAUGACCGUGUUUGUGUCUAUGUUGAUGAUUAUGGAAUCGUUUCACAAAUUCCAAGAAAUGGUUAA